AACGAAGGCCAAUUACCCUCUAUUUUAUCUCUCGUCGUGUCGCUGGUACAAAUCGGACACGACAAACCUCACCCAGCCCCCGUCGAUAUAUUUCCCCUUCUCCUCCAAAUGCACGGCGCCCUCUCAUGGCGACCGUCAUUUCGUCCUCCGUGUUUUCUCCCACCAACUUCCUUUCUUUCCCUCUGUCCCAGAGAUCUUUGGAACUCAAUCCGCACCCUGCUCGCAGAAACCUCUGCUGCUCAGGAAAGAAAUACAGCAGCAAGGGAAGGGCGGCGAAGAGCGACGAGGAGUUGUGCGAUGAGCUGCGGGAGUUCAUAGAGUCCAUGGGGCUUCCGGAAGAUCACUUACCUUCAAUAUCGGAGCUUCGUGAUAAUGGGAGGAAGGAUCUUGCAAAUAUUGUGAGGCGGAGAGGAUAUAAGGCAAUUACAGAGCUUCUCCUAAAUUCUAAUAGCGUAAACCAUUUUGAUAAAACUUCUGAAGGAAAUAAAGAUGGCAAAGGCUGUGCUUUUAAUAGGGAUUUUCCUUCAGAGGCUAUUGAAGGGGACAAUUUGAAUGACAUUAAUCAUCUGAAGAGCUUGCUGUGCCAAAAGGAGACGGAACUCUCCCAAUUAAAGAAGCAAAUUGAAGAUGAAAAGUUUGCAUUAGUUAAUUUGCGAGCUCGCGUGAAAGCUGAGCUUGGUGAUAUACAAUGUUCGAUAGCUGACAAAGAUGCAGAACUUCGUGCUGCCCAGGAAUACUUAAAUGGCCUAAAAGAGGUACAUAUUAAUUAUAGGACAAAUGGUCAAGUAGUAGAAGUUGCUGGUAGCUUCAAUGGUUGGCAGCAUAAGGUCAGGAUGGAUUUGGAUCAUUCAUCUGAAUGCAUAGAUUCACCUGAUUCCAGGAAGCCGGAGCUCUGGUCUACGGUCUUGUGGCUUUAUCCUGGAAUUUAUGAGGUCUUUAGAAGAUUAUUUCAAGCAUUCAUGUUCGAAUCAAGGAUUCAAUAGUUUUUGUUGCAUUAGGUGAUAUCAGAGCCGAACUGAUCAUGUGUAAUCAUGCUGCCAAGAAGACAACAAUGUGUUGACAACGUUUAUGAAUGUGAUAUGGAGUGGUGGGUUCGAGAGAUGAUUGACUAACGGUUUGAACUGAUUGUGGACCAGCUAACAGAGAGGAUAACAACGAUGUUGGGAAACCAAAAUAGAGGAAAUUUGGUUCAACGCAAUAACAAUCACCGGGCAAACUCGGAUGUGGAGGCAAGUGAUCAUGAGGAGGACGCUUAUAAUGAGGAGGUUUCCCGUAGGUGUCACAGAGCAUUAGUAGAGGAGGAUAGUAGAUGAGACGGGUAUAAGAAUUGAAAUUCUUGAGUUUUAUAUCAACCUACAAUUGGACUGACUAGUUUCAGGAAAUUCUGGAUUUUAAAGGGGUGCCAGACUACACGUGUGUGCCUUUGAUUGCUACCAGAUUACGUAGGAGGGCGACUACAUGGUGACAGCAACUGAAAUGGAUCUGAAAUAGGUUGGGUAAGGCAAAAAUUUCCAUUGGGAGAAGAUGAAAAAGUACAUGCGGGUAACCUUUUUGCUGUACAAUUUCCAACGAUUAAUGUAUCAAUGAUUGCAGAACCUGAAGCAAGACACUCUAUUAGUGGAUGAAUAUAGCAUUGAAUUUUUUCAAUUAAUUGUUAGGAACGAAAUACAAGAAACAAAAGACUAGUUGGUGGCACAAUUUAUUGGGGUUUCAAUAUUCAUGAUACUGUAAAUAUGUUUGACCUCGAUUUGUGUCUGCUAUACACUAGAGCGUUGAUGGUGGAAAAACAUGCACGUUAUACUUGUGGGGUUUUCCCUAUGAACAUGGCGAGUGGAGGUCCUAGUGGUGUGGCUAUUGGUAUUAGUAUCAAUGAGGGAAUGAAUAGGGGUGUUGGUCAACUUAAUAAAGGAAGCGAUUGUAGUGGCGGUAUAAGGUGCUUCAAUUGUAGAGAGAUUGGGCAUAGGCAGUCGGAGUGUAAACAAGUUGCAGGAAAGAGAUCACUUUGUGGAGAAUGAUGAUUGUGAAGAAGGCAUAGCAGAGUUUACAGGAGACCCAAUGUAUGCUGAGGAGACCAUAAAUGAAGUGUUGUUAGAAGGAGAUGUCGAGACGACGUUGGCAGUUUGGCGUUCCUGUUUGUCGCCGAAAUCGGUAGACGAUGCUUGGCUGCAGAGUAAUAUUUUUCAAUCGACAUGCCCCAUUCUUGGCAAGGUAUGUCAUUUUAUGAUCAAUGUUGGAAAUUGUGAAAACAUUGUGUCUGCUGAAGUUGUAGAGAAAUUAAAUAUUCAAACUGAAGAUCAUCCUAAGCCUUAUAAAUUGGUGUGGUUUAAGAAGGGUGGUGAGGUAUCGGUUUCUAAGAGGGCUCUUGUCUCAUUUUCUAUUGGCCUGAAGUUAAAGAUGUUUGGUGUGAUGUAGUAGCUAUGGAUGCUUGUCACUUGUUGUUAGACAGACCUUGGCAGUAUGAUAGAGGUGUGCAUCAUGAUGGGCGAACUAAUACUUAUAGUUUUAUGUUUGAGGGAGUUAAAAUUGUGCUACUACCUUGCAGAUAGGCGGUGGACCAACCUAAACCAAUAUUUCGAUUUUAUUGUCUUUGGCUCAGGUUGACAUGGAACUGUAGGAGCCUAAAAGGGAGUAUAUGUUGAUGGGAAAGGAGGUGGUUGAAUUUAACAUUGUUCCGGAUUUAAUGGCUCCACUGAUUGUAGACUUUAGUGAUAUUUUUAUCGAGGAGUUAUCCAUUGCGUGAUAUUCAACAUCAUAUUGAUUUGGAGUUGGUGACACUGCCGAACAUAUCACAUUACAGGAUGAGCUCGUGUGAGCAUGAGGAGUUGCGACAACAGCUGGAGAAUUGUUGAUUAAGGGCCAUAUAAGGGAGAGCAUGAGUCCUUGUGCCAUCUCUUUUGAUGCCAAAGAAGAAUGGUUCUUGGCAUAUGUGUGCGGACGAUAGGGCCGUCAUAUCACUAUUAGGUACCGUUUCCCCAUUCCUCGUUUAAAUAAUUUGCUUGACCAAAUUAGUGAAUCAACUGUGUUUACUAAACUAGAUUUGAAGAGUGUUUAUUAUUAUAUUCGUAUUACGCCGAGGGAUAAAUGGAAAACAACUUUGCAGACUAGGGAGGUGCUGCAUGAGUGGCUAGUGAUGCCUUUUGGUUUGUCCAAUGCUCCUAUUACUUUUAUGCAUGUGAUGAAUUAGUUAUUGCGAUCGUUUAUUGGUAGAUUUGUUGUAGUGUGUUUUGAUGAUAUUCUGAUAUAUAGUGUGACUCCUGAAAUACAUCUUUAGCAUGUGAGGGAGGUUUUUAGUGUCUUGCACAUGGAAAAAUUUAAUAGUGCAAUGAAGAAGUGUGUUUUUGGCCCUUAAGGUGUUGUUUUUUGGAAUAUCUAGUUUUGGAAGUUGAUUUAGAAGUCGACGACACUAAGAGACAAGCUGUGAAGGAAUGACCUACACCUACAACCUUAAUAGAAGCAAGGAAUUUUCAUGGUUUGGCCUCAUUUUACAGACAUUUCAUUGCUUCUUUCAGUAGCGUCAUGGCUCCUAUAAUGGAUUGUAUGAAGGUUAGCAAGUUUGAGUGGAUUGAUGAUGCAGAGUCAACUUUCCGAUUGAUUAAAGAACGACUCAACUGCGUAAAUCGUAGUGCUCCUAGAUUUUUCACAACCUUUUGAGUUACACACAAACACUUCUAAAGUUGGUUUUGACAGGAUAAUAGACCUAUGGUAUUUUCUAGUGAAAAGUUAUCUAGAGCAAAACUUAAUUACAACACUUAUGAUGUUGAGUUUUAUGCCAUUGUGUAAGUAGUGAGACAUUGACGCUACUAUUUAUUUCACAGGGAAUUUAUUUUUUUACACAGAUCAUGAUUUGUUGAGACAUCUACACCAGCAAAACAAGGUGUCAACCCGCCAUGCGGGAUGGGCUACUUAUUUGAAGCCGUAGUUUGUAUGAUCGCGAUCCGACUCAGGAUUGAUUUGAGGUCAGAAUUGGAUCGGUCGGGAUUGAAUCGUAUAAUCAUAUGAUCCUACAAAAAAUUGUUAAAAUUUAAUUCAAUAUUUGAUAGGAUGAUCAAAUUGAUUAAUGAAGACUAAAUCAAUUUGAAAUUUGAUUAAAAUUCCCUUUAGAAUAAAUUAAAUUAAAUUAAAUUAAUAUUAAUAAUAUUAAUGCUAUUAAUGGCAAUAAUAAGUUGAAAAUAUAUAUAAUAAAUAAAUAUAAUUUAUUUAUAAUUUUAAAAUUUUAAAAUAAAUAAAUAUAUAUAUAUUUUAAUGGGAUAAUUCGAUUAGGGUUUGAGGAAACCUAUUAAAAUUAUCUUAUUUAAGUUAAGAGUUUAUUGAAUUAAUUGGUUAAGAUUUCAAUUACAAAUCUAAAGUUAUACUUCACUUCCACUGUGCCGCCCCUCAUCCGCGCGCCUCUCUCUGCAAGCUGCAAGAAACCUAAAGUUCUCCGGCUGACCUUGUCGCGAGAAACUUCGUGCAUCCCACUUUGCAAGCCGUCGACGAUUCCGCUUCUGCUGCCCGUCGACGAGGACAACUAAUCCUGUCACGAGAAACUUUACACGUCCCCCUUUGCAAGCCAUCGAUGCCCCUCUGCUGUUCGUGAUUAGUUUUUGGGUUUAACGUCGUAAUUAGUUGUUUUGAGACAAUUUUGAUUAUUACUAUUUCUAGCCAUUGUCUCCUUCUUGGGAACAUUAGAUUUUUCCUAUUUCCUGGAAUUUCUUUUCGGAUCAACAGGUUGUAGAAGAUUACUUCUGGUUUUCGUGUGUGAAUCACCGGAUUCAAUAUCUUGCGCUACAUCAGUACAACUUUUGACUCGGGUAUCAGAAUAAAAUGCUCUUUGUUUUGGAUCGAAAAUCGUUCAUAGCCUUAGAUUUGUUACCUGGUGGAACCUGUAACCAGCCAACUUUCGGAUCUGAAAAAUAUUGUUUAGAGCCUUCGAACAUUUUUUUUACUAUUUUUAGUAAUUUUAUAUUUUUGGUAUUUAAAGUGUUUUUGGUAUUUUCAUCUUGCAAUUAGUGAAUUGGGACUAUAUAAGGAUAUUGUAAAGUUGUUUUGAAAUAGUUUUGAUAGUUACUAUUUCUUGAUUUAAAAUAGUAAUAAUCAAAAUGCUCGUUUGUGUUGUUGUUCCGGUGUGAGUAGAAUCAUUAACGUAAGAUUGUAUUGAUCUCACCGAUCUUGUACGAUUUCGGCUAUCUUGAUCUGAUUCUAUUACAAAACUCGAUCUCAAUCGAUCCUGGAUCGAUUUACUUCUUCCC